CUCUGCGCUGCGCUGCACAGCAGCUGCACGCUCUCACGUCCAGUGUUUGAAAAGCCUCCUUGGUUGACUGUGUGAGCAGAACGUGUGCGGCGGUAAUGGCUGCCAGGGAGAGUGAGGAAGACAACAAAUGAACCCCUGAGAAACGAGUCAAAGUGAGGACUAGGAUGGUAAGCAGCCAACCGAAGUACGAGCUGAUCCAGGAGGUGGGGCGUGGCAGUUACGGCGUGGUCUAUGAGGCAGUGGUGAAGCGCACAGGGGCCCGCGUGGCGGUGAAGAAGAUCCGCUGCCACUCUCCAGAGAAUGUGGAGCUGGCUCUGCGGGAGUUCUGGGCCCUCAGCAGCAUCCAAAGCCAGCACCCAAACGUCAUCCACCUGGAGGAGUGUAUCCUGCAGCGGGACCAGCUGGCCCAGAGGAUGAACCACGGCUCCAGCUCCCCGCUCUACCUGGAGUUACUCGAAUCACGCUUUAAGAACAGGCGAAUCACGUUCAACCCGUGCUGUGCCUACUACCUGUGGUUCGUCAUGGACUUCUGCGAUGGCGGCGACAUGAACGCCUACCUGUUGUCCCGCAAGCCCAGCCGCAAGACCAACACCAGCUUCAUGCUGCAGCUGGGCAGCGCGCUGGCCUUCCUGCACCGCAACCAGAUCAUCCACCGCGACCUCAAGCCCGACAACAUCCUCAUCUCCCAGGCCUGCACGCCGGCAGGCCUGUCCGAGCCCACGCUCAAGGUGGCCGACUUCGGCCUAAGCAAGGUCUGCUCGGCCUCGGGGCUUAGCUCGGAGGAGCCGGCCAGCGUCAACAAGUGCUUCCUGUCCACGGCGUGCGGCACAGACUUUUACAUGGCCCCGGAGGUCUGGGAGGGCCACUACACGGCAAAAGCGGACAUCUUCGCCUUGGGCGUGAUCAUCUGGGCCAUGGUGGAGCGCAUCACCUUUGUGGACGUGGAGACUCAGAAGGAGCUGCUGGGGAGCUACGUGCAGCAGGGCUCGGAGAUCGUGCCCUUAGGCGAGGCCCUGCUGGAGAACCCAAAGAUGGAGCUGCUGAUCCCUGCCAGGAAAAAGAGCAUGAACAGCCACAUGAAGCAGCUGAUCAGGGAGAUGCUGUCGGCCAACCCUCAGGAGCGGCCCGACGCCUUUGAACUAGAGCUCAGACUGGUCCGUAUCGCCUGCAGAGAGCUGGACUGGGACACGUGAUGGACGAGCAACACGGCAGCACAGACUCAGCCGAUCAACUUAAUGUACACAUCUUCAUCAGCUACUGCUAACCUAGAUCACUUAACGGGAUUCCUGUUUUGGUUUUGUUUUUUAACUAGGGAACAAUAAAUAGAAUAGAAAUUGUCGGUUUUAAUGGCUAAAUGUCAUCCACUAUUCCAAGCACAUGCAGUCCUCUACUAGCUGUGUCUUUUUCUAUUGGAAGGGAAAAGGUGUGACAUCCACCGCUGCUGCUGCUUCUCAGAAUUGGAGCUUAGUCUCAGGCUAAUCACAUCACAGCUUCCACUUCCUCCUCACAGAAUCACUCGAGCGCGCUGGAAGAGCAAAAAUGACCAAAACUCCUGGAUUCAAUUCGAAGAGAAAGUCAAAGUGGCAGUGAGACAGUUUGUCUACAAAUACCGUCUUGGACUCGGUGCUAAUUGUUACUAAAUGCAAUAUGAGACGUUAUCCUGUGAUCAUUACAGUGUGCAUUUAAUCCAAAGGGCCAGUAUUAAAACCCAAUCUCCUCAAUGUUUUGGAUGUCGGAAGGCUGUGACAGAACCUGACUCAAGAACUGAUUUCAGCCGGGCACAGGACUACCAGCACUAAUCUUUACAUCAAGAUUUGAUUCUGUUAUUGGCAUCACAUUCAGGUAUGCCCUGGUUGCUCAGGUAAUAAAUAACAUACAGCAUGAUGGUAUUUGUAGGCAAACCUCUACUAUCGCAGUCAGUUUUGCUCAGUAGUCUGGGAGGGGGGGGGGAAACGAUACCAAACUUUGGUGCUUGAAGAUGACAUUUUCUUUCUGCAGGUUGCUUCGACACACCCCUUACAGUAUACCAGAAUGUAAACUGAUCAGGACAGGUCACCUUUACGUAUAUAGAGCCUUAAACACAAACACUUGAGGAGGAGAGCUUAAAUGAUAAUACUGGUUUAUUUCAACUUGGUUCUUACUUUCGUAGUUUGGCCAUUGUUCCUGUUAGGAGUAUCAGUAAUACCAUUGUACUGACAGUAGACCCUUUCACACAGCCUGUUCAAUGCGGGAGUGUUGGCGCCAUUAUUCCGCUUGGCCGUAAUGUAUGAAAGCAGGAUCGGUCCGUGUACAGUAAAGGCAACGUUUGUUUGGUAGGUUGCUCUUAGAAUUUGAAGUGCUAUUUUUAUUCUCAAUUCUUGUCAUUUUGGUGUUGGUGAUUUUCCUUUGGGGCUGGCUAAAACCUCUUUGGGCGGCACCAAAAAUUCCUCUAUGCAGG